GUGAGUCUUGACUUUAAAAAAAUCUGGACCAAAAUCAAAUCAACUUUUGCGAACGCAACCUGUGCCGAUCGUUAGUGAGUCUAUCUGAGAGCGCGCGAAAAACUGGUUUAUUAGUGUAGACACAAGUCAUAACUUGUCAGUAGCCCAGAGGCCGCAGGAAGGAUGGCUGCUUUCUUCGACAACGAUUCCCGCUCGCGGCUUAAGCUUACUGAUGACAUGAUAGCAGACCUUUUAAAUGAUGGAAAUAAUUCAGAGUUAGAAGAUUUUGACGAAGACGACCUGGAAUUAUUCGAUCAAGAUGUCUUAUUUAGGCAAACUAAUGAUGAAAAUCACUUUGAAGGGGAGCAGGUCGAUGAAGUUGUCCCUGAGAGUUCCUUUAUGUCUCCUUCGACGUCAGCUACUCCAGUAGUGCCACAACCUUCUCCGUUGAAUGAGAUACAAAUCCCGCCGACACCAAGAAACACUGUUCGGGCAUCUAAAAGAUCACGCCAAGGCAAUUCAACUUCUGCUACACAUGAUAGAUCCAGCUUAUCAGAAGUUGUUCCGGAAGCUGUUCGAGGAAGAGUUUCAGCAUCAGCACCCAGGGCAACGAGAAAGAGAGUCUGGAAGCAGACUACAUUCGCAGAGAAAGCGCACGACUAUCCUGCUCUGCAAAUAAAGCCGGUAAGGCGUCCAAUUGAUUAUUUUAAUGACUAUUUUGACACUGAGUUUCUAGAAGAGGUAUCGCGUUGCACAAACGUAUAUUUCCUACGCACUACAGGCCGUGAACUCAAAUGUACAAGUGCAGAGAUCGCUAAAUUAUUUGCAGCACAUAUCAUCAUGGGCUGCAUUUCUUUUCCUCGACUGCCGAUGUAUUGGAGAGCUGGUACUAGGUUAGAGCUGGUAUCUCGUCUUAUGUCACGAGACAGGUUCCUUGUCCUUCGUAAUGCACUCCAUGUUAUUGAUUCUGACAUUCCGGCUGCAAAUGAUACAGGUAAUCCGCUAUGGAAGGUACAACCUAUGAUCGACAAGGUAAAACAAACCUGUAACAAGUUGGAAAGAGUGCCGGGAUUUUACUCUAUUGACGAACAAAUGAUCCCGUUUACAGGGCGCUGUCAACUACGUCAAGUGGUAAAAAAUAAGCCGCGACCUGUAGGCCUGAAAAACUUUGUUUUGACUACAUCUGAAGGACUCAUGUUAGAUUUUGAGAUCUACAGAGGUGCUAGAUCUACAAUUGGUGAUUCAAGUCUCGGCCUCGGUCCCUCUGUGAUCUUACACUUAGUACAAAAGAUUCCUCCCGGCAGUUGUGUGUACCAUGACCGAUAUUUCACCACUGUUGCUUUGAUUGAGGAAAUGGACAGGUUAGGUCUGCAUUCAACUGGAACUAUAAUGCAGAACCGGAUUCCCGAUCGAACAACACUAAAAUUUAAAAAAGAUUCGGAGAUGCAACGAGGAGAGACACAGCAAUUUGUUUGUGAGCCCACCGCAAUAGUAAAAUGGAAAGAUAAUAAAUCCGUUUUACUAGCGUCAAACUGUACUGCUGGCGAAGACCAAUCAAACGUUAAGAGAUGGAAUAAACAACAAAAAACAUACGUCGAUGUUCCAGCCCCAAAAGUUGUGAGAAAUUAUAAUCAAUACAUGGGUGGAGUCGACGUACUUGAUCAGCAGAUGGAAUAUUACCGAGCUUUUAUUAAAACCAAAAAGUGGACGUUGAAAGUUCUCAUACACUUCUUGGAUCUUGCGCUGGUCAACUCUUGGAGGCUUUACAGAAACGAUUGUUUAGCCAAUAAGUUACCUAGAAAAGAAUCACUGGCUCUGCUUGAUUUUCGUUUGAAUGUUGCCGAUAGCUUAUCCUGCAUACCAGAUCGUCUUCGUAGAGAAGAAAAUGAGGAUGAUUUACCAUCUGUCCCUCGCCGGCAUUAUAAAAUAUUCAGACCAGCUAAUGCUCCAUCAGAAGCAAAGAGGUAUGACGGAUAUGAACACUAUCCUGUCUUUGAUGACAUAAAAGCACCCAGAUGUUGUCGAAUGGAAGGUUGUGGAAGUCGCUCUAAAAUUAAAUGUGCCAAAUGUGAUGGGUAUUUAUGUUUGUCUCGUGACAAAAAUUGUUUUAUGUCCUAUCAUGUUAAAAAUAUGUAGUCUUUAUCUUUAUUAGUAUCUACUAAGGCUGAUUAUUGUUAUAAUUAUGGUUCCUACUGUACUGUCUGUACUUGACAUUACAAUUACAUACUUUGAUCUCCUAGAAGUUAAUAUUUAUUAUUAAGUUUGAUUUUACUCGUUAUUGAGUCUUGAAGACUGAUUAAAAUUAUAAAAGAAUGUUGAAUAUGUGUUUUUUUAUUAAAAUAAAUAUAUUAAAAUAUGAAAUUUUCUUUUAUUAAUCUAUAAAUAAAUGUAAAUAAAUCGAUGAGAAGAAACACUCACGAUCAUGCUACUU